CGCCGGCGAAGCCAGCUCGCAGCUGCUGCUCCCCGGGAACUCAUCAUGAAGGAGGCGACGAGAAAGAGCCCAGGAAACAACCGCUACUUCUGGCCUUUAGCUCCUUCUUUGUGGCCCGGAACCGUUGGGUUGAGGUUACAAACUCCCCCUGUGAACUGUGAGGAUUGGUGGUGACUCGAGGCUUGUAACAAAAGUUUCUUCUAACCGACUCCCAGUUUGGGAGUGACGCGGAGAGACUGAGGGGAAAGGAAAUUGGCCCUGGGAGCAAGGAAUAGCUCAUCUUCUUCUAUAUAUGCUGCCAUUUGCCAUGAAGAGAAAACAGAAGAGAUUUUUGCAAAUGACGUUGUUGUUCAUGGUGGCUUUAAUUUUCCUGCCUAAUAUUGGUCUGUGGUCUUUGUACAAGGAUAAACACCUGGUGAAAUCCCCAGAGCCAGGAGAGCAGCAGACAUUUCCACUGGGCCUGGGAAAUGGACAGCUCUAUGCCUGGACGGAUGGCUUGAAAAGAAAGGACUGGCAUAACUAUGAAAGUAUUCAGAAAGAUGCUAUGCGUACAGGGAAAGGUGAGCAUGGAAAGCCAUAUCCUCUAAUGGAGGAUGACCGAGAUGAUUCUGCUUAUAGGGAGAAUGGCUUCAACAUACUUGUUAGUAACAACAUAGCCCUGGAACGAUCACUGCCAGACAUUCGACAUCCAAACUGUAAGCACAAGGUAUACUUGGAAAAGUUGCCAAAUACUAGCAUAAUUAUCCCAUUUCAUAACGAAGGAUGGACUUCACUCUUGCGAACCAUAUACAGCAUUAUCAACCGGACUCCAGACAUCCUCAUAGCUGAAAUCAUUCUUGUGGAUGACUUCAGUGACAGAGAACACUUGAAAGAGAAGUUGGAGGAGUACAUGGCCCGUUUUACCAAAGUGAGGAUUGUGCGCACCAAGAAACGAGAAGGGCUGAUUCGGACCAGAUUGCUAGGAGCCUCGAUGGCUAAAGGAGAAGUCUUGACGUUCCUGGACUCCCAUUGUGAAGUCAACGUGAAUUGGCUGCCUCCAUUGCUUAACCAGAUUGCACUAAACCGCAAAACCAUUGUGUGUCCCAUGAUCGAUGUCAUUGACCACAAUCACUUUGGCUAUGAGGCACAGGCGGGGGAUGCCAUGCGAGGAGCCUUCGACUGGGAAAUGUACUACAAAAGAAUACCGAUUCCUCCAGAGCUCCAGAGGUCUGAUCCCAGUGACCCCUUUGAGUCUCCUGUUAUGGCUGGAGGUCUGUUUGCUGUUGACCAAGAGUGGUUUUGGGAGCUCGGUGGCUAUGAUCCAGGCUUAGAAAUAUGGGGAGGAGAGCAGUAUGAAAUCUCCUUUAAGGUUUGGAUGUGUGGAGGUGGCAUGUUUGAUGUUCCAUGUUCUAGAGUUGGACACAUUUACAGAAAGUAUGUCCCUUAUAAAGUUCCAUCUGGAACCAGCCUGGCACGUAACCUGAAGCGUGUGGCGGAGACAUGGAUGGAUGAGUUUGCAGAGUAUGUUUACCAGCGGCGGCCUGAGUACAGGCAUCUCUCAACAGGAGAUAUCUCAGCCCAGAAGGAGCUACGCAAGCACCUUAAGUGCAAGGACUUCAAGUGGUUCAUGGCUGCAGUGGCAUGGGAUGUUCCUAAAUAUUACCCUCCUGUGGAGCCCCCACCUGCUGCCUGGGGGGAGAUUCGAAAUGUGGCAGCCAAUCUCUGUGUGGACAGUAAACAUGGGGCCACAGGGACGGAGCUGAGGCUAGAUGUUUGUGUGAAGGACGGCUCAGAACGGACGUGGUCGCAUGAACAGCUCUUUACCUUUGGUUGGAGAGAAGACAUCCGCCCCGGGGAACCUCUUCACACCAGAAAAUUCUGCUUCGAUGCCGUUUCGCACAGUAGCCCUGUCACACUGUAUGACUGUCAUGGCAUGAAGGGUAACCAGCAUUGGAGCUAUAGGAAGGACAAAACUUUGUUCCAUCCGGUAAGCAACAGCUGCAUAGAUUGCAACCCAGCUGAGAAGAAGAUUUUCAUGAACAGAUGUGAUCCUUUAUCUGAAACUCAGCAGUGGAUUUUUGAACAUAUUAAUAUGACUGUUUUAGAAAAAUUUAACAGCAAGGCCAGUUCCUAGGGAAAAAUACAGAUUACAUACAGAUUGCAAACUACAUUUUGGCCAGCAUCUGGGUCGAAGGAGUCAGGAAUUAAAUUUCCUAGAUCCAGGAAGUCUUUUCUGAGGAUUAAGCAAAUGCCACAGCAAAGGCCAAUGGGCUGUCAUUGUGGAUGUACAGUAUCUGAAGAACUUGGCUGAGAGCCUCACCAGAUGCUGCUGAGAACUUCAGGCUGACAAUUCCCUUGCUGGCCAAGGGAAAACUUUAUUUAAAAAACUUUUCAAAACAUUCUGAGUUAAUCAAUUGAAACAAAAUUCUAGAGUUUCUCAGGUCAAAUCCUGCUGUAGUGAGUAGUUAUGAAUGGAUGCUAUUAGUUGGGGGUGGGUAUAUGGUGUGCAUGACUACUAUGUGAACCUGCAGAAAUCACAGGUUAAGAACUAACCCACACUGGUGGAAUGCUAACAGUCCCCAGCACUCCAGACAAACUAUAUGAUCUGGUGCCAUUCUCUUAAUAAAGGUUAGGUUAAGCGGGAUUAACCCUCAGAUUGCUGAUGAUGAUUUUAAACACUUCCCCAUUACAUUCCUUUCAUUACCGAAAUAGGAAUGGUAGAAAUAUAAGGGUUUAGAAUUAUGUUGUAAUGAAGCAUGAAAUAGACUUCUAAGGUUUCAAAAGUCCCAUUUCUCCUCAGCAUUUGAAAAAAAAUUAAUCCAUCAAAGCAAUUAAAUCAGAUUUCGAUAUAUGAUACAACCUACCUAACACUCAUCAACUUGAUUCAAAUAUAGCCUUCAUCUAAAUUAAAGGCCAAAAGAUUAACAAGGCUACUAAAUCUUUAAGACAUUCAAUAGCAGGUAUAUGCACCAAUAAUAGCAGCACAAUGCAAGGUUUGCAGAAAGGAUUUCCCCUGGAAAUCUAUAUUUACUUUUCCAGUAUUUUUAUUAAAACUAAAAUUGCUUUAAAUCAAAUCAAAAUAUUCAGAGACAUAAGAGGCAUCAUGAGUAACAGGCUAAUUGUUUAUUGUAAAUCAUAGAGACUUAUAGCCAAAUAAGCAUUGGUACACUGGCAUCAGCUAAAAAGUGUUGGCUCCCUGCAGUGCAGCUUACAGGAUCCUGCAGGAAUUUAGGGAGGGGGGUGUUUUUGUUUUUUGCAAGGAGGUGGGGAGUCCUGUAAAACUAGUUAGCUCUUUUGCAGAUAACUUGAUGAAAUCAUUUAAAAAACCGUGACUGUGCCACAGUUUUCAGCUAAGGCGUUGUAAAUUUCUGGAUGGGGCAGUUAGGAAAUGAAAGCAAGUAUAAAAUUCAAAAAAAGUUCAGUAUUUUCGCCUUUUAGUAGCAUAAACAAAACUAUCCAACCCACCACAAAAUUUUCUUGCACUGACUAUCGUUGUGGCAUAUAGUGCCCAUCAGAUCUUACAUAUUUUUGGCACGGUUGGGGGAGAGUUAGUGGGUUAAAAAUUUGUUUAGAGAGGCCUGUUCUUCCUCAGUGGAAAUCAAUGAGUACCAAUGUGGGCCAUAGUAGAGAGUUCUGGAUUUUCUAAAAUUAAGAGCACAUUUAAAUGGCCUGGUUUUACUUGAAACCUGAACCAACAGAUGAAAGCAACAUGAAUGCAGACAUUAAAGCCUACAAGAGAUGGCUGUAAUAGCACUUGUCACUUUCAAAAAUAUGUAUGAAAUUAAUCUGAAAACUUUGUCUUAUGUUGCUAGAAAUGUGGCCAACUAACCAAAAUGUUCAUAUUUAAACUCUCCAGCCUGAUAGUUGAAGGUGAUUUUGUUUUGUUUAUUGCUCUUUCAGCUGUAUCUGUGAUGAUGACUGUUAUCCACAUUUGUGUGCUGUUUGCGACUAUGGCUUCCAAACCUUAGGUCAUAGGCACAUUUUGGAGGAGCAUGUCAGAUCUGGAGCCUUCAGGAUGCAUGUCCUGAAAAAUCAAUUGUAUGAAUUACAACUGUAUGUUGGAGAAUUGCAGCAAGUAAGUAAAGAUCUAUUUCAAAUGUUCAAGGAGCAAUCUGUCUGUAGAGUUAAACUAUUCCCAUUAUGUCUUUAAAUAUGUUACUGUUCAGACUUAAUUUGAAGACUCACUACACUGCACAUGGAAGACAAGACCCCAGAUUUUAAUCUUAGGGUCUUUUACACCUGAGCCCAGGAGAGGUUGAUGAUGAUCUGAGUUUUCAUCAGAAAGGGGUUUUUUUGUUUUUUGGGGGUUUUUUUAUAUAGCUACCUGUAGUUAGACCCCGACUGGUCAUUACAGACUGUCAGCCCUCUCAGCUGCAGGACUCAUAGCACAAUUCAUUUGCAUCUUGAGCAUGAGAAAAGAGGAUUUGAAAAUAGAAGAAAAAUUGAUGUCUAAAGUGUAAAGGUGAAAAUGAAAUUCCCAGGAUAUCUAUUUGGACUUGCCCAAACCCCUCAAAGCCAUGGUAUCAAUAGUGUACAUCUGAGGUAGAAGGGGGAAAGGAGAACUGCUCUAAAUGCUCCAGCACACCUGGCUAAACAAUGCAUUGCACAGUUUAUAGCAUUCAGUGUAUGAAUGCAUCCUAAUCAUCUGAUGUUUAAAAUACUUAAAGGACACUAGACUGCUGUUUUGGCAAAGACAUUCUAUGCCUCUUCCAGGUGCUCAAUAUUGUUCU